AUGAGUGAAAGAGGGAAGAAAGAAAAACCAACUGAGAAAAAAGAGAGGAUGAAGAACAUCUUCAAGAAGCUUCAUAUAGGUAGCAGUCACGAUCCUCAUCGAUCCAAUGAAAUUCCGCCACCUGUACCAUCCACGUCUGACGCCGCCGCCGAGCCUGUUCACACUUCCGGCGCUUCUUCAGCCACUACUUCUUCCUCGUCACCGUCUACAGUGCCUAUUCCUCCUGCUUCCGCCGGUGGUGGUUUGUCUGCUGUAGUCAAUCGGCAAGACUUUUUCUCAUCGGAGGAGGAAUUUCAGGUACAGUUAGCCCUAGCUAUCAGUGCUUCCAAUUCGGAGUUCCGUGGUGAUGAUCCGGAGAAGGAUCAGAUCCAUGCGGCAACGCUACUCAGUUUGGGAGGACAUCGGAUUGAUUCGAAUAAGGAUGAUGUGGCGGAGGCGCUUUCGAGGCAGUAUUGGGAAUACAAUGUGCUUGACUAUGAAGAGAAAGUCGUAGAUGGUUUUUAUGACGUAUAUGGCCUCUAUAAUGACCCGGCAAUGCAAGGAAAGAUGCCAUCUCUAGCUGAUCUUGAAACAAACUCAGGUGGUUCUAGCUUUGAAGUGGUCAUAGUUAAUCGAACAAUUGAUCCUGCCCUGGACGAGCUGGUGCAAAUUGCACAUUGUAUAGCAUUGGACUGUCCUGUCACUGAGAUCGGUAUUUUGGUGCAAAGGCUUGCCGAACUUGUUACUAGCCAUAUGGGCGGCCCUGUAAAGGAUGCUAAUAUUAUAUUAGCAAAAUGGACAGAAAGAAGUACAGAAUUAAGGACAUCUCUUCACACAAGUGUAUUACCUCUUGGGUCCUUAGAUAUUGGGCUCUCUAGGCAUCGCGCUUUACUUUUCAAGAUAUUAGCAGACAACAUUAAGAUGCCUUGUAGACUGGUUAAAGGCAGUCAUUACACUGGUGUUGAGGAUGAUGCUGUCAACAUUAUAAAAUUAGAUGAUGAAAGGGAGUUUUUAGUUGAUCUCAUGGCUGCUCCUGGAACACUCAUCCCAGCUGAUAUUUUAAAUGCAAAGGAUAAUGCCUUUAAGUCGUACAACCCCAAGAUUGUGCCGAGUUUGCCUUCCAUUGAGGAAACUGGGCUUUCUUACUCAAGACCUAUACCACCCUCUAAUGGUGAAGGCAGUAGUCAGACUUCUGUAAUAAAAGGUCCUACGAUGCCUUGGAAUGGACAAUCAUAUACUGAGAAGUCAGAGUUUAUGCCUUCAAACUUUGGUUUGAACAGAGACACUGGUGUUGGUCCUUCUAAAAUUCCUAAUAGAGGGAGUCCUAAUCAACGGGAAAAUUUGCCACUUUCAUAUGGUAAUUCUUUGUACAAAGGUACUCUUGGAAUGAAUACCGUGGGUGAUGGGACAAGAUUGAAUGUCAAUGUUGUGCCAUAUGCCCAGAACAACCCCACCGACUCUCAGAACCUUUUUGCAGAUCUGAACCCAUUCUUGAUAAAAGGGACCGGGAAGUCCUCUGUGCACAACAAACCUGUGGAAAAUAAACCUCCUGAGCACGGUACAAAAAUCAAUACUGUUUCUGGUCGACCCGUGUCACCACUGAUGUGGAAGAAUCAGCAUGCCUACAACGAAGUCCCUAGAAAAACUAAUCAUAACCCUAAUGAAUAUAACCCUCCUUUAUUUGUUUCCAAUAUCACUUUCACAUCUGAACAUACUGAUCUCAGCACUUCCAAUUCAUCAUACAAUUCAAAUAUAAAUAAUGAUAUUAGCUCUCAAACUUCUGCACAAAUUAUUGGUUCAGCCUCAUCAGCUGUUGUAGGCGAGCUGAACCGGAUCGAAGGUCACAAUGCUGAUUUUAGAAGGGAUGAUUUGGAAAGUUCUCAGAAUGUCAUGGUAAAGAGAUUUAAUGAACCCGAAAGCACUGAACUUGGAUAUCGUGACAGGAGGAAGUGCAUAUAUGACAGAUUCAUGGGAAGCAAUUUACAAUUAAAAGAUUCAGAUAGUCCUAGCUCUUCAAUUGAUUCCAUUACAAACAGGGUCGAUCAAAUAUUAGACGAUGCAGAUGUUGGUGAAUGUGAGAUUCCAUGGGAGGAUCUGGUUAUUGGUGAAAGAAUUGGUCUAGGUUCAUAUGGUGAGGUAUACCGAGCGGACUGGAAUGGCACGGAGGUUGCUGUGAAGAAAUUUUUGGAUCAGGAUUUUUCAGGCGCUGCCUUGUCUGAAUUUAAAAGAGAAGUACGGAUAAUGCGUAGGCUGCGUCAUCCAAAUGUUGUUCUUUUUAUGGGUGCUGUCACCCGGCCUCCCAAUCUCUCAAUCAUUUCAGAGUUUCUCCCGAGAGGAAGCUUGUACCGAAUUCUUCAUCGCCCUAAUUGUCAGAUCGAUGAGAAACAGAGAAUAAAAAUGGCUCUUGAUGUGGCUAGGGGUAUGAAUUGCUUGCACGCCAGCACACCUACGAUUGUACACCGAGAUCUGAAGUCCCCAAAUCUUUUGGUUGAUAAGAACUGGAACGUUAAGGUAUGCGAUUUUGGGCUGUCAAGGUUGAAGCAUAACACAUUUUUAUCAUCCAAAUCAACUGCUGGAACGCCGGAAUGGAUGGCUCCUGAAGUUCUCCGCAAUGAACCUUCAAAUGAGAAGUGUGAUGUUUAUAGUUUUGGUGUCAUCCUAUGGGAGCUUGCCACCCUGAAGUUGCCAUGGACUGGAAUGAAUCCCAUGCAAGUUGUUGGUGCCGUAGGUUUCCAAAAUCGCCGCCUUGAAAUUCCUAAGGAUGUUGAUCCUUUAGUAGCAAGAAUAAUCUGGGAAUGUUGGCAACAGGAUCCAAAUUUGCGCCCUUCAUUUGCGCAGCUGACGGUGGCUCUUAAGCCCUUGCAGCGUCUGGCUCUCCCAUCUCAUCAAGACCAGGUAGCUUCACUUCUGCCUCAGGAGAUUUCUGUAAAUUCUACCCCAUGA